AUGCCAUCCAACGCCCCGCCCACCGGGGUCGUCCAACGCGUCCCUAUCUCUGCUCUUCCGCUUCCACCACGCACACAAAGCCUCAUACAUGCUCUUACUCCCGAUCCUUACACCCCAUCUCCGCACGUAUGGCGCGAGAUCCGCGCGGAGAAGCCCAGUCUUCAGCGUCGCGCGCGGCUGCUCGCUCCCGCUGCACACUUCUCUUACGUUGCGCCGUGCCCUCUACCGUUCCCCUAUCGCGUGGACUAUGCAAAGAAGCCAGCAGCCGCACCCAAGGAGGGCGUGGAAUUGGAUGGGAAGAAGGCUGAGGAAGACGAUGAAGAGGAACUGGACGGCGAAGCACAAGUGCGGGCGACGGAGCAGUGGCUGGUCAACCGGGAAGCCUUGCGCGAGGUUCCACCUGCCGGCGGCGCUUCCGCGACGCUGCAAAAGUACGUCGCGGACGCGCGAGAGGGCGAGCGCAUUCUCAUCGGCCUUGCGGAGUCGGGGUUGCGUGACUGUCUGCCUGCUCUUGACGUCGGAGAUGCCUCGACGCUGCUCGGUACGCCGUCGCUCUCUGCGCCUUUGGGUCAAGAUGAAGAUGCGCCUGUGCCGGAGGUUUCGGAGAUCGUCAAGGCUGCCCGACAGGAGCUCAUCGACGUGCUCAGCGGGCACGCGACACUGAUGAAGACUGGUGAAGAUGAGGUGGAGGCGCAGUGGGCACCAUGGUCUCUGCGCUACAGUGGACAUCAGUUCGGUACUUUCGCGGGGCAGCUCGGAGACGGACGCGCCAUUUCUCUUCUGGCAACCCCACACCCCGAUGAUGCGGACACGGUGUACGAACUGCAGCUCAAGGGCGCAGGGCGCACCCCCUUCUCGCGCAUGGCAGACGGGCUUGCGGUCCUUCGGUCCUCCAUCCGCGAGUUCCUUUGCUCGGAAGCCAUGCAUGCACUCGGGAUUCCAACCACGCGCUCGCUUGCGCUCAUCUCGCUACCCAAGGUGCCAGUGGAGCGCGAGCGAAUGGAGACCGCCUGCGUGCUCACGCGCGUCGCGCCUUCGUUCGUGCGCAUCGGCUCGUUCGAGGCUCUCAAUCCUCCCGCGCAGAUGUUCUUCAUGGGGGGAGGCCAGCAACGUGCAGAUCUGGACGCGCUGCGUGUCCUGGGCGAGUGGACCGCUCGACGUGUGCUCAGGCUUCCCAGCAUUCACUGGCGAGGAGAUGAGGGUGUAGAAGGGUCUGGGGACGCGUGGGGUACGAAACUUAUCCUGGAAGUCGCCCGGAGGAAUGCCCGGAUGGUGGCUGGGUGGCAGGCGUAUGGCUUCAUGCACGGAGUGAUCAACACGGACAACGUCUCGAUAUUAGGAUUGACUACUGAUUAUGGUCCGUAUGCGUUCAUGGACGUAUUCGAUCCAUGGCAUAUAUGCAAUCACACCGACGCGGAAGGACGAUACGCCUACAAGUACCAACCUUCAUCAAUUGUCUUCGCACUCCGUGCUCUUCUCGAUGCCCUCGCGCCCCUCAUCGGCGCCGAAGACGAGCUCGGCGGGAAGGCUGUCUCCCCCGGCUGGGCCACCGAUGCGUCCGAAGAUAAUAUCAAGGCCUGGACCGAACGCGGGCGUGACCUCGUCAAGCCGCAGCUCGAGCACAUCGCCACCGAGGACUGCGCAGUCGAGUACAGCCGGCUCAUCCACAAGCGGCUCGGCCUGCGCCGCACGGACGAGACGGACGAGGUCACGCUCGCGCGCCCGCUCCUCGACCUCAUGAAGGACCACAAACUCGACUUCCACCGCACCUUCCGCCGGCUGUGCGCGUUCCGCCCCGCCUCUGCGUCCGCGGAAGCCGACGCGUUCGCUGCGUCGCUGCUGUCCUUGAGCCUGGAGGACCCGGGCCGCCUCGAUGCUGCACGCGCGCAGAGCGAGUUCGCAGCGUGGCUGCGGACGUACGCGGCGCGCGUCGAGAGCGAGUGGGACCUGUGGACGGGCGCCGAUGUGGACGCGGAGAGAAGGGCAGAGAUGGAGGGCGCGAACCCGCGGUUCGUGCUGAGGCAGUGGCUUCUAGAGGAGGUCAUCAGGAAGGUUGACGAGGACGCGGAGAGGGGUAAACGUGUGCUGGGCAAGGUCCUACAGAUGGCUUGUGAUCCAUUCGCGCCUUGGGGCCGUGAAGGUGUACAAGAUGAUAGCGAGCUCAGUGCUGAAGAGAAAGAGGAACGCAGGUACUGCGGUACGGGUGAUGCCCGUUUGUUGGGAUUCCAGUGCAGCUGUUCCAGUUAG